UCUGAGGGCGGGACCGUGGCUGCUGGGCUUCCCUCUCUAGGCACCAAAGCUGGCUUCUGGAGUUCUUCCCUUUCUCUCCUGCCCAGGCGGUGAGAUGUGCACCCAGGAGGCUUUCCAGGCGCGGAGGAGCCAGCUGGUGGGGCUGCUGAUCUCUGGGUCCCUGGAGGGCUUCGAGAGUGUCCUGGACUGGCUGCUCUCCUGGGAUGUCCUCUCCUGGGAGGACUAUGAGGGCCUUCGCCUCGUGGGCCAGCCCCUCUCCCACCUGGCCAGGCGCCUCCUGGACACUGUGUGGAAUAAGGGCACCUGGGGCUGUGAACAGCUCGUGGCGGCCGUGGGAGAGGCCCAGGCUGACAGCCAGGCCCCCGAGCUGCCUGACCGCUGGGACCCCCGCUCACCCCAACCAGCCCGCGACCUGCAGAGUCACCGGCCAGCCAUCGUCAGGAGACUCUACAGCCACGUGGAGCACGUGCUGGACGUGGCCCGGGAGCGGGCCUUCAUCAGCCGGUACGAGUAUGAUGAAAUCAGGCUGCCCAUCUUCACAGCAUCCCAACGGGCCAGAAGGCUCCUUGACCUUGCCACGGUGAAGGUGAAUGGACUGGCAGCUUUCCUUUUACAGCAUGUUCAGGAACUACCAGCGCCCUUGGCCCUGCCUUUCGAAGAUGCUGCCUGUAAGAAGUACAUGUCCAAGCUGAGGACCACGGUGUCUGCCCAGUCUCGCUUCCUGAGCACCUAUGACAGGGCAGAGAAUCUCUGUCUGGAGGAAAUAUACACAGAGAAUGUUCUGGAGAUCCACACGGAUGUGGGUGUGGCGGGGGCCCUGCAGAGGAGCCCCACCUUGCUGGGCCUGGAGGAGCUCUUCAGUCCCCACGACCACACCAACCAGGACGCGGAUACGGUGCUGGUGGUGGGCGAGGCGGGCAGCGGCAAGAGCACGCUCCUGCAGCAGCUGCACCUGCUCUGGGCUCUGGGCCGGGACUUCCAGGAGUUUCUCUUCGUCUUCCCAUUCAGCUGCCGGCAGCUGCAGUGUGUGGCAAAACCUCUGUCUGUGCAGACACUGCUCUUUGAGCACUGCUGCUGGCCCGACCUGGGGCAGCAGGAUGUCUUCCGGUUCCUCCUGGACCACCCUGACCGUGUGCUCUUGACCUUUGAUGGCUUUGAUGAGUUCAAGUUCAGGUUCUCGGAUAGCCAGCGGCACUGUUCUCCGACGGACCCCACAUCUGUCCAGAAUCUGCUCUUCAACCUCCUGCAGGGCAACCUGCUGAAGGGCGCCCGCAAGGUGCUGACCAGCCGUCCAGACGCGGUGUCAGCGCUCCUGAGGAAGUACGUCCGCAUGGAGCUCAGCCUCAAGGGCUUCUCGGAGGAGGGCAUCGAGCUAUACCUGAGGAGGUGCCAUCGGGAGCCAGAGGUGGCCGAUCGCCUCAUCAGCCUGCUGAAAGCGACCUCGGCGCUGCACGGCCUGUGCCACCUCCCUGUCUUCUCGUGGAUGGUGUCUAAGUGCCACCAGGAGCUGCUGCUGCAGGGCGGGGAGUCCCUGAAGACCACUACAGACAUGUACCUGCUGAUCCUGCAGCAUUUUCUGCAGCACGCCUCCCCGCUAGACACGGCUGCCCAGGGUCUGGAGCCCCGCCUGCUGCGGGCCAGGCUCCCCACCCUCCUGCACCUCGGCCAGCUGGCCCUCCAGGGCCUGGGCACAUGCUGCUAUGUGUUCUCGGCUCAGCAGCUCCAGGCGGCGCACGUGGACAUGGAAGACAUUGCCCUUGGCUUCCUGGUGCGCGCUGGGAGGGCAUUGCCCGGGAGCACAGGGCCCCUGGAGUUCCUGCACAUCACUUUCCAGUGCUUUUUUGCUGCAUUCUACCUUGUGCUCAGUGCCGACAUGCCGCCAUCCUCGCUCAGACACCUCUUCAGCUGCCACAGACCAGGCAGCUCGCUGCUGGCCAGGCUGCUGCCCAGGAUGUGUGUGCCAGGUGCGGGGCCCAAGGAGGGCAGUGUGGCAGCCUUGCUGCAGGGGGUCGACCCGCACAACCUCCAGAUCACAGCGGCCUUCCUGGCGGGGCUGCUGUCGCAGGAACACUGUGGCCUGCUGGCUGAGUGCCAGGUGUCCGAGAAGGCCCUGCUCCGCCGCCAGGCCUGUGCCCGGGGAUGUCUGGCCCGCAGCCUCCACAGGCACUUCCACUCCAUCCCCCCGGCCGUGCCCGGGGAGGCCAAGAGCAUGCACGCCAUGCCCGGGUUCGUCUGGCUCAUCCGGAGUCUGUACGAGAUGCAGGAGGAGCGGCUGGCCCGGGAGGCCGUGCGUGGGCUGGAUGUUGGGCACAUCAAGCUGAACUUCUGCAGUGUGGGCCCCACCGAGUGCGCCGCCCUGGCUUUUGUGCUGCGGCACCUGCGGCGGCCCGUGGCCUUGCAGCUAGACCACAACUCUGUGGGCGACAUUGGUGUACAGCAGCUGCUGCCGUGCCUUGGUGUCUGCAAGGCGCUGUACUUGCGAGAUAACAACAUCUCAGACCGCGGCAUCUGCAAGCUCGUGGAACGCGCCCUGCACUGCGAGCAGCUGCAGAAGUUAGCGCUUUUCAACAACAGGCUGACGGACGGCUGUGCACACGCCAUGGCCAGGCUCCUUUCGUGCAAGCAGAACUUCGUGGCCUUGAGGCUGGGGAACAACCACAUCACAGCGUCAGGAGCUGAGGUGCUUGCCCAGGGGCUCAGAGCCAACGCCUCCCUGCAGUUCCUGGGGUUCUGGGGCAACAAGGUGGGUGACAAGGGUGCCCAGGCCCUGGCUGAAGCCUUGGGUGACCACCAGAGCUUGAGGUGGCUCAGCCUGGUGGGGAACAGCAUCGGCAGUGUGGGUGCUCAGUCCUUAGCACUGAUGUUGGAAAAGAACGUGGCGCUGGAAGAACUCUGCCUGGAGGAGAACCAUCUCGGGGAUGAAGGUGUGUGUUCUCUUGCCAGAGGCCUUAAGAGAAAUUCAAGUUUGAAAGUCCUGAAGCUGUCCAACAACUGUGUCACCUGCCGAGGAGCGGAAGCCCUCCUGCAGGCCCUUGAAAGGAAUGACGCCAUCCGGGAAGUCUGGCUCCGAGGAAAUGCUUUCUCUCCAGAGGACGUGGAGCAGCUCUGUCGCAGGGAUGCCAGGCUCUUGCUCUGAUGACCCUGGGCCACGCUCAUCUUCGCCUGUUAGUGAGCAGCCUGUGGGU